AGGUGGGUGCCCGCUCCAGGGACGCCGGCAGUGCCGGGCACUGGCACGGGGCAGCAUGGUGUGCCCACCCUCCGCGUGACCCUGCGGGGACAAGGGGACGCUUUGUCCGGGAGCUGGUGGCCCUGGCAGCUGGCACUGCCCUGCUGUCCCCGAGGCGGUGGCACUCUGCCCGGCGCCCGCAGCCCCCCGGCACCGUGACUCCCCCACCUGCGAGUGGCAGCAGCGCCUGGUGCCCCUACGCUGUGUCUGCGCCCUGUCCCCCAUGCCCACCCGGUGUCUGCCCCCAUGACAACCCCGUGCCACACCCAUGCCAACCCCUUACAUCCCUGUCAGCCCCUUCAACACGAGCCAGACCCACGCCAGUCCCAUGGCAACCCAUUUAGCCCCAUGUCAGCCCAUUAGCCACAUACCAGCCCCUUAGCCCCAUGCCAGACCCGUGACAAGCAAUUAGUCCUGUGCCAGCCUCAUACCACCCCUAUACCAGCCCCUUAGACCUGUGCCAGCCCCGUGCCAGUCCCAUGCUAAACCACCAGCCUAAUACCAAACCCUUAGACCCAUGGCAGACCCACACCAGCCCUGUGCCAGCCACAUGCCAGUCCCUUAGUCCCAUGCAAGCCUCAUACUAGCCUGAUGCCAACCCACUAGCCCCGUGUCAGCCCCGUGCCAUCCCCUUGGCCCCACGCCCACCCCUUUACUCCAUGCCACCCCCAUACCAGCCCUUAAGCCCAUACCAGCCCCACACACCAGCCUCUUAACUCCAUGCCAUCCACUUAGCUCUGUUCUAGCCCCAUCCAAAACCCCUUAGCCCCAUGUCAGCCCCAUGCCAAUCCUGAGCCAUCCCCUUAACCCCAUGUCAGCCACAUACCAUUCCCUUCACCCUGUGCCAGCCCCAUGCUACUCCCCUCUCCCAGUUCCAGCCCCGUACCAGCGCAGUCCCUGCUCCCACAGCUUUCAAUGGCCCAGCCGAGCACGGAGCAGGUGCCCAGCCCUGCAGAUCAGGAGUGGGCAGGGCCCGAGGCGCUGUGCCCAGGCUGGCUGGAGGAUGAGGCCCCCGAUGGCGACGUGCCUGGGGACAGCGGGGACCCUGAUGGUGCCACCCACGCCUUCGAGCGGCUGCAGAGCGCCCUGUGCCAGGAGGGGCUGCCCCCCACGCUGGACUGCUCCACGGAGCCCCGCACGGGAUUUGGCCCACUGGACAUGACCGUUUGCAUCCUGGGCUCCCCCACUGCCUUCCUGCCCGUCCUGCUGGAGGGUGGUACCCGCUGCCCAGGUGCCAUGGUGCUGUGCCUGUCACCCACCUGGGCCAGCCGCGUGCCGUCCGAGUCGUGUCCCGGUGCUUGGUCCCUGCUGCUCUCCCAGGGGGUCUCCUUCAAGGUGGGGGGUCACAGCACCCUGGAGACCUUUGUGCCCCCCCGCCGUGCCAACUACGUGACGGGCACAUUCGUGCCAUGGGAGCCCGAGGGCCGCUGGGUGGGUGAGCUGGCCCGUGAUCUCGACUGCCCCACGGGGGGCUCGGCCCUGCUCACCCACCGCCUCGAGGACCUGCUGCUCACCCGCUGGGUGCUGGCAGCUCGUGCCAACCUGCCUGUGCCCCCCACGCUGGCCUUUGUCCUGGGAGCUCGGGGGGACCUGCCUGCCAAACUGGAGGUGCCCGGGGUGAGGCUGGUGCGGCUGCAGGACCCCCAGGGCCAGGACAGCCUGGUGCAGGAGGAGGUGGAUGCCUUCCUGGGGGGCACUGCCAUGGAGCCCUACAGCCAGGUGGUGGUGCGGCCGGCGGGGUGGCAGUGGCGGGGGACAGGAACCUGCAGCAUGCACAGGAAGGAGGAGGGGGCGGCAGUGGUGCAGGCAGUGGGUGCCCGGCUCCGGGGGCUGACGGAGGAGGACAGCGUCCUGCUGGAGGCCAUGGUGCCCACCGCCCGCCUGCCUGUGCCCCCCCCACGCAGCCCAGCCCCGCGGCUGCCCGUGGCCCUGCGCAUCUGCACCCUGGUCUGCAGGUCCUGGGGGGACCGGCCCCAGCUCUGCCAGGUGGCCUGUGCCGUGGGACGCGUGGAGAGCCCAGUGCGUCACGGGGCAGCACUGCCCCAGGGCCUGGACUCCAGCCUGCAGCAGUGGGGGGUGGUGGCCCCCAGUCAGCGUCAGGCGCUGGCCACGCGGCUCCGGGAGGCCACCGAGGCCGCCAUGGCCGCCCUCCUGGCCGCCGAGGCCGAGCUGAGCCCGCAGCAGCGCGGUGGCACCCGCGCCCGCACCGACAUCCUGGGCGUGGACUUCUUGCUGGCGUGUGUGGAUGACGCCCUGGAGCUGGUGGCCCUGGCCACCAACAGCCAGCGGUGCCUGGAGACCUGCGUGCUGGCCGAGGCCAUGGGGCGCGCCGUGGGGGAGCCCCCCGGGGACCUGCCCCGGCUGCUGGCCGAGGCCAUGCUGCACAGGGCGCAGUGUCACCUGGUGGAGGGCAAGGACAUCCUGCUCAUCGGGGCCGGCGGUGUCAGCAAGAGCUUCGUGUGGGAGGCGGCUCGCGACUACGGGCUGAGGAUCCACCUCGUGGAGUCGGACCCGGAGCACUUCGCGGCGGGGCUGGUCCAGACCUUUCUGCCCUACGACAGCCGGGAGCACCGGCGGGAUGAGGAGCACGCGGAGCGGGUGCUGGAGCUGGUGCGCUCCCAGGGGCUGCGGCCCCACGCCUGCCUCUCCUACUGGGACGACUGCGUGGUGCUGGCGGCGCUGGUGUGCCAGGGCCUGGGGCUGCGCGGCUGCUCGCCCGCCGCCGUCCGCGUGGCCAAGCAGAAGAGCCGGACCCACCAGCACCUGCAGCGGUGCCGCCGCGGCCGCCCGCCGCCCGCCGCCUUCGCCGUGCCCUGCCGCCGGCUGCAGAGCCACGGCGACGUGGAGCGGGCAGCGGGCACCGUGCCCUUCCCGGCCGUGGCCAAGCUGGAGUUCGGGGCCGGAGGAGUGGGGGUGCGGCUGGUGGAGGACGCCAGGCAGUGCCACGCGCACGCGGCGAGGCUGUGGCGGGACCUGCGGGAUGACGCCGACCACCCGGGCAUCGGGCUGGGCUGGGGCAACGCCAUGCUGCUCAUGGAGUACGUGCCGGGCACCGAGCACGACGUGGACCUGGUGGUCUUCGACGGGCGGCUCGUGGGCGCCUGGGUGUCGGACAACGGCCCCACGCGCGUCCCCGCGUUCCUGGAGACGGCGGCCUGCCUGCCCUCCUGCCUGCCCGCCGACCGGCAGGCGCAGCUGGUGCGAGCGGCCCUGCAGUGCUGCCGGGCGUGCGGGCUGCACGACGGCGUCUUCAACGUGGAGCUCAAGCUGGGGCCGGGGGGCCCGCGGCUGCUGGAGAUCAAUCCCCGCAUGGGGGGCUUCUACCUGCGCGACUGGAUCCGGGAGGUCUACGGCCCCGACCUGCUGCUGGCGGCGGUGCUGGUGGCGCUGGGGGUGCCGCCGGUGCUGCCCGCCCGCCCCGCGCCCCGUGCCCACCUGGCCGGGGUGAUGUGCCUGGGCUCGGAGCACGGCGCGGCCCUGGCGGGCGGCGGCGGAAUGGAGGCGCUGCGGGAGCUGCAGGGCCGGGGGCUCGUCCGCCUCAAUCGGCUCUUCGAGGAGGUGGCAGGGGACGGCGAGUACGAGGAGCCGCUGCUGAGCGUGGCGUGCGACGGGGCGACGCGGACGGAGGCUUGUGUGCGCCUGCUGGGGCUGUGCCAGGCGCUGGGCAUCGACUCCCCGAGAUACCCCGUGGAGCAUUUCCUGUCCCACUUCAAAUAGCGCCGGGCAGGAGAUGGAGCUGGAGCCGCGGGGAAACGGCCUGGAGCCAGUGGGACACUACGAAGAGAUUGAGAUCUCGGAGAGCAGUGUCAAC